AUGAAGUCGCUGGUGUACAUGGUGAUCCCAGAUGGGAGCAUCUUCGGUGUGAAAGUCAAGGACGACCAGCAAGUAUACCAGCUGGAGAAGAUGAUCCAAGACGACAACCCCUAUUCGAUUGGUGUGACGGCUAUUAAACUAUACCUCGCGAAGAAGGACGGCGAGUGGCUGACGACGGACGACGACGAGGUCAAGGUUAUGAGGGCCGGACAGGUUCACCAAACCAUCAAGGAUAUGACGCGGCAAGGGAAUGCAAUGGACCGAGCCCGUCCUGUUGGCGACGCUGCAUUCAGCUUCCCAAGCUACGUUACCACUGGCACGAUCCACGUGCUAGUGGACGUUCCAAUGCUACCCGGGACUCCCGGGGCGACGUCCCAGGGCGUCAUCGAAAGUGGUGCUAUUGUCGUGUUCUUCAAGAGAGCGGCGCAGGACGGGGUCGUUGUAGUAGGCGGCGACCAGCUGGCUAUGAUUUUCCUCGACCUGGUCGAUGUCGACAUCAGACCAGAAGCGAAGAAUGCGCUCACGACGCGGGUCCAGCACAUCACGAACGAAGUGGGCCGGCCGAAGUCCAACCAGAUGACCAGGACGGCAGCUUUGUCGGCAACAUCCAAACGCAGUAAGCAGUCCCGGGCCAUUAAGCGCGUGAACGGCUUGAAGUACUUGACGUCGACGCGACUUUUGCGCUUCCGGGAUCCUUCCUCCGUGAUCUCCACCUUGUUGCGGCCCUCAAAAGUGCUGAAGUUGCAUCGCACCAUCGGGUUGCCGUCCUGGUCCCUCGAGACAAUAUCGAGACCGAACUCCAACAGUGCUUAG